AUUUCUCGACUCACUGCCUCUUCAUUUUUCCUCGUUCGCAGUUUGUAGAUUUGCUAUUUUCUUUCGCUUUGCUUCUGCUGUUGCUUAGAGAUCGCAAAUAUGGCGGAAACCGAGACGUUUGCGUUCCAGGCGGAGAUUAAUCAGCUUUUGAGUCUGAUUAUCAACACGUUUUACAGCAACAAGGAGAUCUUCCUCCGUGAGUUAAUCAGUAAUUCAUCUGAUGCUCUGGACAAGAUCCGUUUUGAAAGCUUGACUGACAAAAGCAAGCUAGAUGCGCAGCCUGAGCUCUUCAUCCAUAUCAUUCCUGACAAAACUAACAACAGCCUGUCAAUUAUUGACAGUGGUAUUGGUAUGACCAAGGCAGAUUUGGUCAACAAUCUCGGUACAAUUGCAAGGUCUGGCACCAAGGAAUUCAUGGAAGCACUUGCUGCUGGUGCUGAUGUGAGCAUGAUUGGGCAGUUUGGUGUUGGUUUCUACUCAGCAUACUUAGUAGCUGAGAAGGUUGUUGUCACAACAAAGCAUAAUGAUGAUGAGCAGUAUGUCUGGGAAUCCCAAGCUGGCGGAUCCUUUACUGUUACAAGGGACACAUCUGGUGAACCUCUUGGUAGAGGCACCAAGAUCACUCUCUUUCUCAAAGAAGACCAGCUUGAGUAUCUUGAGGAGCGCCGUUUGAAGGACUUGGUCAAGAAGCACUCUGAAUUCAUCAGCUACCCUAUCUCUCUCUGGGUUGAGAAGACCACAGAGAAAGAAAUCUCAGAUGAUGAGGACGAGGAGGAGAAGAAGGAUGAAGAAGGGGAGGUUGAGGAGGUUGAUGAAGAGAAGGAGAAAGCUGAGAAGAAGAAGAAGAAGAUCAAGGAAGUCUCUCAUGAAUGGGAUCUGGUAAACAAGCAGAAGCCAAUCUGGAUGAGGAAGCCAGAGGAGAUCACCAAGGAAGAGUAUGCUGCUUUUUACAAGAGCCUCACUAAUGACUGGGAGGAGCAUUUGGCUGUCAAACACUUUUCAGUUGAGGGGCAGCUUGAGUUCAAGGCAAUUCUUUUUGUUCCCAAGAGGGCACCUUUUGACCUCUUUGACACCCGAAAGAAACCAAACAAUAUUAAGCUCUAUGUCCGCCGUGUCUUCAUCAUGGAUAACUGCGAGGAGUUGAUUCCUGAGUAUCUUAGCUUCGUUAAGGGUAUUGUGGAUUCUGAGGACUUGCCCCUCAACAUUUCCCGUGAAAUGUUGCAGCAGAACAAGAUCUUGAAGGUCAUCCGCAAGAAUCUUGUCAAGAAGUGCAUAGAGCUGUUCUUUGAGAUUGCUGAGAACAAGGAAGACUACAACAAAUUUUAUGAGUCUUUCUCGAAGAACCUCAAGCUUGGAAUCCACGAGGAUUCCCAGAACAAGACAAAGAUUGCUGAGUUGCUGAGGUACCACUCAACCAAGAGUGGUGAUGAAAUGACGAGCUUGAAGGACUACGUGACUCGGAUGAAGGAAGGCCAGAAUGACAUCUACUACAUUACCGGUGAGAGCCGCAAGGCUGUGGAGAACUCUCCCUUCCUUGAGAAGCUAAAGAAGAAGGGAUAUGAGGUCCUGUUCAUGGUGGAUGCGAUUGAUGAGUAUGCUGUCGGUCAGUUGAAGGAAUUUGAGGGGAAAAAACUUGUGUCUGCCACAAAGGAAGGUCUGAAGCUGGAUGAGAGCGAGGACGAGAAGAAGAAAAAGGAAGAUCUGAAGCAGCAGUUUGAAGGGCUGUGCAAGGUGAUCAAGGAUGUUCUUGGGGACAAGGUUGAGAAGGUUAUUGUCUCAGACCGUGUGGUCGACUCUCCUUGCUGUCUGGUGACUGGGGAAUACGGAUGGACUGCUAACAUGGAAAGGAUUAUGAAGGCGCAAGCUCUUAGGGACUCGAGCAUGGCUGGGUACAUGUCGAGCAAGAAGACAAUGGAGAUCAACCCUGAGAACCCCAUCAUGGAUGAGCUGAGGAAGAGAGCUGAUGCGGACAAGAAUGACAAGUCUGUGAAGGACUUGGUGCUGCUGCUGUUUGAGACUGCUCUGCUGACUUCCGGAUUCAGUCUGGAUGACCCCAACAUGUUUGGGAAUAGAAUCCACAGGAUGUUGAAAUUGGGGCUGAGCAUCGAUGAGGAUGGCGCCGAUGCUGAUGCUGACAUGCCGGCUUUGGAGGAGACUGAUGGCGAUGCUGAUGCCGAUGGCAGCAAGAUGGAGGAAGUCGACUAAAUUAAUUAUUAUAUAAGAUGGGAUGGCCUUGCCCUGUCUCUAGCUGGUAUUUGUUGCUUCUACCCCCCUUCCCCUCCCUUUUCUCUUCUCUUUUUCUACUUAUGUUUUGUUUUGGUUCUCUUUUAGGAUUUGGAUCUUGCUUUGCUUUGGGUUUUGUUUAUGUCGGAUGAUGGUAGGCUAAUGAGUUUUUAAAUUUUCAUCACUUAUUAUUAUCUCAACUAAUUAAUCGAUCAAUAGAUUUGGUACUUGACCGUGA